UUAAGCAGGGAAAAAAAAUCCUAAACCCCAACCUUCUUCCCUCGUCGCAGACCUGCCGCUCUAGGGUUUUUUUGGCUCCUCACCUCGCCCCGCUUGAAUCCCCUCCGCCGUCGUCUCCCGGAACUCCGCCGCCGCCUCUCCCUGGGAAUUUCGGGAGAUGGCGUUCUUGCAGAAGGUUGGGAAUCUUGUCAAGCGAUCCACGGGUACCAGCUCGUCGCUGUACCAGGCGGUGCGAUGCAUGUCCUCUUCGAAGCUCUUCAUAGGAGGCAUCUCGUACGGCACGGAUGAGCAGAGCCUGAGGGAAGCGUUUGCUAACUAUGGCCAAGUCAUUGAAGCUAGGGUGAUUAUGGACCGAGAAACCGGAAGAUCAAGGGGGUUUGGUUUUGUAACAUACACAUCCACGGAGGAGGCAGCUGCUGCCAUUACCGGCAUGGACGGGAAGGAUCUGCAGGGUCGAAUGGUGAGGGUGAGUUAUGCUCAUGAUCGUGGUAGCCGUGUUGGUGGUUUUGGUGGUGGUGGUGGCGAUUAUGGCGGUGGCUACGGUGGUGGUGGAGGAUAUGGUGGUGGUGGAGGUUCAUAUGGUGGCGGUGGAGGCUAUAGUGGUGAUGGUAGUUAUGGUGGAGGUCCAUAUGGCGGCGGCGGUGGCUAUGGCGGAGGCGGUGGUGGUGGAUACAAUGAAGGUGGUAAUAUUGGUUCAGGGUACAACACUGGUGGGAGUUAUGGUGUUUCGGAAGGUGGGCGAGGUGGUUAUGGUGGUGGUGCUGGUUACACAGCUGGCUCUGGUGGAUAUAAUGCUACUCCUGGUAAUUACAGCAGUGGCAGCUUCAAUCAAGGGGGUGGUGCACCUGGUGCAUAUGGAGGUGGGAACUAUGACGCAAGCAAUAGCAGCUACACAAACAGUGCCUCUGACAAUGUAUCUGCUGGUAAACUGGAUGACUUGUUAAGUGAUCUCAAAGUUGACAGUGCUGGUGAUGCCAAGGCUGAGGGUGAGGAUCUUGACUUUGUUGAUGAGGACGUGAAAGGAGAAGGUCAAGAUGACUUUGUUCAGGAUGAUUUCAAGGAUGAAGCUGAGCCCGAUGACUAUGCCAACAAAAGAAGUUAAACUCAGUCCCAAGCAAAGAUGAAAUCGACCAACUGGUAAUGGUCUGUGCUUUCAAUGAUCAUGCUAUGUUGGUAAAAACUGCAGUGAGAACGAUCUCCGGUAUGCAAAUAAUUCUAGAGUUUCUUGUCAUUAGAUAUUUUUGGCUUCUUGUGUUUGGUAUGCUGGACAAUGCUGAACUCCUUGUAUGUCAUGAAAUGUUUGGAAUGGGAACUCAUGAAUGGAACAUAAGGAAAUUGCGCUUUGUAGCUUA